AUGGAAGGCCGGCGUCUCGCCCACGGAGCUGCACCGCCGUUGACCGCCGUGGAGAGAUUCCUAUACGGCCAAAAGAAUGAUGCCUUAUGUUCUAAGAAACAAGAGUGUACUAGAGACCAAUCAAUCGUGAAGACGAAAACGCCGAUUGAGAUUAGACACGAUAACAAAGAGAACAUGGCGUUUGCUCCGAGGAAGGACAAAAACUUUGUUUUCAAUGGAGGAAACCAAAGCCCUAUUGGAAAAAUGGUCGUUAAAGGUGCAACCAGAGAUUAUCAAAACACUACGAAGAAGCGACCGUACAAGAAUCUCAUCAAAGGGCAGUGGACGGCUGAAGAAGACAGGAAGUUGAUAAGGUUGGUGAGGCAACAUGGGGAGAGAAAAUGGGCAAUGAUCUCGGAGAAGCUUGAGGGAAGAGCGGGGAAACAAUGUCGUGAGAGAUGGCAUAAUCAUCUCCGUCCUGAUAUCAAGAAAGAUGGAUGGAGCGAAGAAGAAGAGAUGGUUCUUGUAGAAGCACACACGAGAAUUGGGAACAAGUGGGCGGAGAUCGCUAAACUCAUACCGGGACGCACCGAGAACUCCAUCAAGAACCACUGGAAUGCGACUAAACGACGCCAAAACUCCAAACGCAAACAAAAACGUCAAGCAAACGCGGACAAUGAUAGCGAUCUCUCUCCAUCAGCUAAAAGGCCAUGCAUUCUCCAAGACUACAUCAAAAGCAUCGGCAAUAAUAACACUAACAAGGUAAUGGAUGACAGCAAGAAUGAGAACACCAACAGUGUUGUGUCUACACCGACUCUUGAUCAGAUCUAUUCUGAUGGAGAUUCUGUAUCGUCGGUCCUUGGUGAUCCAUAUGACGAAGAGCUUGCGGACCUGCAAAAUAUCUUUGCAAACCAUCCUAUUUCUCUGGAGAACAUAGGUUUGCGCCAAACUUCCGAUGAGGUAGACCAGUCUUCAACAUAUGGGUUGAUGAUCAACAAUCCUAAACCUAAUUUGCACAACAAUGUUGCAACUCAUCAUCACGAUCAGGCAAUGGUCACAGUUCCACCACCGAAUACGCAGCACCACCUAGCAUCUGAUCUCUACUUAUCUUAUUUGUUGAAUGGUACCACGUUGUCUUACUCCAACCCUCAUUUUCCGUCUUCCUCAUCUUCCACGUCAUCCACAACUGUAGAGCAAGGAGGCUACAACGAGUUACUUGUGCCUCAAGCUAACUAUACAAGUGAAAGAAGAGAAAUGGAUCUGAUAGAGAUGCUCUCUGGUUCUGUUCAAGGUAGCAACAACUGCUUCCCAUUUUUCUAG